AUGCCUUCGCAACCGGUUCCGUAUAUUCCUGUUGGAUGCAUUGGGAUUUCACAGCAUGAGAGCAACAUCAACCCAGAAGUCUGGUUGUCCAGAGAACAUCGGACUUGGAGAGGCUUUUCUCGACCUGACGGUACUUCGAACGGUGGCGCGAAUGUUACUGCAUCUGAUACGCCGCAUCUCCAUCCCAACGUCCAGGAAUCGCUCCUCAGCUCUUCUAAGCUUCUGCCGCUUAGCAAGUUGUUUCAAGCCCGCUGGUGCAAGCUUGAAUUCUGCGUGAGCACCGUGAAAGAGCAGCUUGGACUCGUCAGAGUGUAUCUGCUUCCGGAUGACGUUCUGCGUCGUUCGGUAGAUCGCUCCGACUCAAAUUUGCAGAAGACGAGAAUCCAAGUCCUCCGCUCCCUCGACUACUCACCAUGCGCCUGGAAAGCCGUCAAGGAGCCAGAUGAGAGUGGUUUUCCCGUCCUCGGAGAUUCAAACUCUGCCAACAGUGAUAAAGACAUAUCUCUCCUGCAACUAUUCAACACCAUUCCCUCGCCUUGCCCAGAUGCGAGCUCUAUAUCUGAGCCAUACACGCAGGAUGCGAUGCACAACCUCAUGGAAAGCACAGUGCCUGGGCUCAAAACCGAGUUAUAUCUCUACCAAAGAAGAUCCGCAGCCUUGAUGCUACAGAAGGAGGCACAGCCCGGUCAGAAUCUUGACCCGCGACUGUUGCAUCUGAAAGACACACGUGGUUCGUCUUGGUAUCUGGAUCCAGCCACCGGCACAGUCCUGUUGGAGCCACGCUAUUACGAUGCAGUAUCUGGAGGUAUCCUGGCAGAAGAGAUGGGCUCGGGCAAAACAGUGAUCUGCCUUGCGUUGAUACUCGCGACGAUGCAUUUGCCCACAAGCCCGCCCGACUUUUACAAAGCCGGCGAACCGCCGAUCAGACGAAGGAUUGCAUCUCUGGCGGACAUGGCAGCAUCAUGUGCUACACGCCACGCCGUUCCUUGGAAGUCCCAUUUCGAAGCGUGGAGAAAUCACUAUGGUUACGAGUUCAGCCACUGCAACGACGCCCUUUCAAGAAAUCCCGGGCACUAUUUCCUCCCCGCCCCAGAACCACGCCGUGGUAGCCGAUACAAGACUCCAUGCCAUGUGCCACCCAAGAAGAUAUGGUUGAGUCAGGCCUCGGUUGUUAUUGUUCCCAACAACCUUGUCGCUCAGUGGAAACAGGAGAUUCAGAAACACAGCGAGGGGCUCAAGGUGCUGGUCCUUGGAAAGCAGACUGAGACUCCAUCGCGCGAGGAGAUCUUGACGUAUGACAUCCUUCUCUUUUCUCAGACUAGAUUUGAGAUGCUUCAGAAACAGUUUGGAGGCAUGGAGACCUCUGUCUUCUCGUCCAUCCAUUUCAAGCGGUGCAUUGUGGACGAGGGCCACAAGUUGGGCAACUCGAGAAUGAGCAACAGGAGCAAUCUUCUGAUUGGCCUAGAUUUGAUGCAUUUCUCCUCUCGCUGGAUCGUCACUGGAACUCCAUCGCAUGGUCUGUAUGGAGUUGAAAAGCCUGACGCUGCAGCAGCGCUUUCACACGUUUCAAAUGGCCAUCAAGCCCCAUCCCCGAACAGUGCAACAAACCAGGCUAACGAAUCUUCGACUGACCUUGAGAAAAAGGAUCUCGAGAGGAUUGGAGCUAUCACCGCGUUGUAUCUCAAAGCACGGCCAUGGGCCAACACGUUUGUCGACAGUGGUGAUACAUUGGCCGACUGGACCACCUAUCUGAUGCUCCCGAAACACAACGCCAGGAGCCAAGGUCGAUGGGAUUGUUUGGAAUCCACGCUCAAUUCCCUCAUUAUUCGCCAUCGCAUAUCGGAGAUUGGCACUCUUCUGCCAUCAGUGAACGAGAAGAUUGUUGUUCUUGACGGUUCUUAUCAGGAUCAGCUUUCAUUGAACCUGUUCUCCAUGAUGAUUGUAUUCAACUCCGUCCAAUCGCAGCGCGAAGAUGCGGACUACUUCUUCCACCAGAAGCAAAGAAAAGCUCUGUUACAGAUCGUCCAGAACUUGAAGCAGGCGAGCUUCUUUGGAGGAUCUUUCUUCACCGCUGAUGAAAUUGCCAAAUCAGUGGAAACUGCUGAGAAAUUCUUGGCGGAGCGUAAAAUCCCCAUCAGUGCAGAGGAUGAGUCGAUGCUCAAAGAAGCCAUCGAGUUUGGCCAUUUAGCGACGAGGAACAAGCUGAGAAACUUAACAAAUCAAUUUCACGAAAUGGCCGUGUCAGUCACGGGCUUCCCUGGCAAUGCUGGCGAGUCGUGGUCGCUUGACGGUGCAUCUUCAGAAGACGACAUAUGUACCUCCACGAGCAUGUUGUUGUCCCUUCAGAAACUAAUUUACAACGCGGCUGGAAGUGCAGAGAGGCUAAACUCUCUUUUGAAUGGCGAACUGAUAUCCGAAGGCGCACUUGAACGCUCCAAACUGCUGAGUGCGGCAGCUCCUGAGAAGGACUCCAGGUCGAAAGACAAGCCUUCAGAGACACUUGCCGGCAACACCAAGCUAGGAGACGAUAGCCCAAAGAAGGCUCGCUCUCACGGGGUCAAUGGGAUCGAGCCAAGAACGAUAGCUGCCGAAAGCCUCGCCGGACCUCUUGAGCAGACAAAGAUCACAGCCACCGUAUCCGCAAAGCUCUCUUACUUGAUAGACAACCUGGUCAAGUACCAGGAAGAAGAAAAGAUCAUUGUCUUUUACGAGAAUGAGAACGUAGCAUGGUAUUUAGCCAGCAUGCUUGAUGUGCUUCAAAUUCAGCAUCUAAUCUACGCCAAAUCCCUAAAGACAGAAAGGAGAGCGCAGUAUGUGAAUACAUUUAACCACAACGAAAAAUUCAGGGUUCUGCUCAUGGAUCUUUCUCAAGCUGCAUUUGGUCUCGACAUGCGAGAGGCAUCGAGAAUCUACUUUAUCAAUCCAGUCUUGAACCCUCAAGUUGAGGCACAAGCGAUAGGCCGUGUACGACGAAUCAGUCAGAAGAAACCAGUCUGGGUCGAAACGCUCGUGCUCAAGAACAGCUUGGAUGAAAUCAUACUCGAGCGCAAGAGGGACAUGACGCAGGCAGAGCAUCGCCAAGUGAAAUCCAUCCUGGACGUGCGGUCAAUCUUCAACUGGAUAAAAAAUGCCAAGGUCACUCCGAUGGCAUCAUGCAAUGACAACUACAAGUCACAGAUGGCUACGCUUCAUACUGCACAAGCCGUAUUCGGAAGAGGUUUCGGAGUCACGAUGCACCCUGAUGACGAUAUUCUUAUGGAGGAGCACCAUGCUCCGAGCAACGAAUUGCCGGGACGCCCUAAGAAGAGGCCAUUUGAAGGAAUGAUGACAGGCGACAGUGCAGCGACAUCCGAAAAAGAGGCAAAUUCUCAGCCGGCUCGGCGAGUUCGUUUUGCAAUUGACUAA